AUGUCUACUCGACUUCCUGCGCCGAGCGUAGCAGGCCCUUCCAAUACACCUCGUAAUCCAGUCAAAUUAUCAGUAGUCGCUCAACAAUCAUCGCCCCAAGCAUCUUCCUCCAGACGUCCUCUCAAUGAGACAGAUUACAAGGCCGAAGAUGAUAUCCUGAUCAAAGCGGCAGUCAGAAAAGCUCAAUUGCAGAGAAGAGUGGACAGAUGGAUGGACAAGUUGAUGGAGGAGACUGUGGACAGGAAUACGUUCAAAAAGAUUACUUCUCAUCUUACACCCGCACAGUAUCAAGAACUCAUACACGAGAGACAUCUCAACUCUCUAUGUUCUUACCCCUUAUGCCCAAACAAACCUAGAAGGGAAUAUUCAGAUAAGAAGCGUCUAUCGAUAUCUACCACGAAUCGAACGAUCAAGGAGAAACAAGGUAACCCCGAAGACGGAUUUUGCUGUGAGAAAUGCAAGAAGCGAUCCGAGUGGGUGGAAAGUACUCUGAGUGAAGAAGCUGUAUGGUUAAGGAGGGAGAUCAAGGAGGUGGAGUUGCUUGAAGAGCUGGAGGAGAGUGGGAUGUUCACUUGGCCCGAGCAUGAUAAGAGGAAGAGGAGCGAGGGAGUCAAGAAUGGAUUGAAGUCAAGGAACACUCCCAGUAUCUCAAGGACUGAUGCCAUCACGUCGAUGCCCCAACCAGUCCACAAUGAUACACCAGUCCAGUCGUCCACUCUUCCUCCCAAACCAUCGGCUGCUCCGGAUAACCCUGUCUCGGCAUUAAUAGCCAAUCUGACAAUCCACGAACGACCAACACCGUCGACUCCUCCAAUUGCACCAUCCAUCUCACAGCCGACACCGUCAUACUCGUCACCUCCUCCCAAGUCCAUUUUCCCUACACCGCAAGCACGAACAACAUCUACUCCGGCCAACGCAGCGACAGAGGUCACGCCUCGAGAAUCACGUCGAGCUCAAACAGCCCUCAUCGGCACAUCUUCCAAGCUACUGUCCAAUUCGUUCGUCAACGCUACCAGAUCCCUUGGCUCAAUUGGUCUCUCUCAAGGUGAAAGUGAUGUUGACGAAGAGAGCGAAGCAAGUGAUUGGGAUCAUGAGAUGGAUGGAGGGUGGGAUGAUGAGGACAUGAAAGGGUUUUGGGAAGAGGCGAGGUUGACUAGGGAACUGGUGGAGGAAGAGGAGACAGCGAAUAAAGAUAGUCGGUCGUAG